AUGUUGUAUGAUUAUGCUUUACCUUAGCAUAUAACUUCCCUCAAGGAAACACUAUAUGGCUAAACGCGCACUAAAGGCUAUCUGAAUAAUGGAUCUAGUGGAGCAAGUUCUCCCUCGAUAAAAAAUAAAAGAUCCUCAGUAGAAUAUGUGAAAUCCUAGCAAAUGAUGGCAUCACUUACACUUUAAAAAUUCCGUUCUUCACAUAUUGAGUUACCCACUUAGGAUGAAAGUGCCAAGUUGAAAUCUUUUGGAACAAGAAAUCCUUCCUUAUUUUAAACAGUUGAUAGAUAAAGCAUUCUUACGUAGUUUAAUGAAAACAAUAUUAAGAGUUCUUUACUAGAUACAAACAACAAAACUAAUACCAAGAGCUUGAAGCAAUCAUUCACAAGUUAGAAUCUUCUUGGAAAGCCUUAUGCUGGCAAAUAAAAAAUAACUGCAACUGCUUUCUCUGUAAAGCAUCCAAAUCUGAUAAUGCAUCCGAAAUCACUCAGACAUACUUUUAAGUUCGAAACAGUUUCCAAUAUAAAGCCUGGCAAAGCACUACAAUAGCCAGCAGUUAUAAAUGUCAAUCUAGAGCAACUAUCAGCUGUAAAUAUAGUCUAAGAAAAGAAAAAUUAUCAAAGAUAUAUAAAAAAUAAGCUUAAAGAGUUUCUAAAAGAUUACAGAUGA